AUGGAGCCUCCAAGGGGAUUCUUGUCAUCUCUGUGGCAAUUCAUACUCUUCAUUCCUUAUUUCACUGGCUUACUCCUUCUCGGUGUUCUCAAAGGUAUCGUUUUGUGCCCGGUUAUAUGCAUCAUUGUGGCUAUUGGAAACUCUGCAAUCAUCUUAGGCCUUUUCCCAGUUCAUCUGUUUUGGACUCUCUAUUCCAUUUCUUGUGCUAAACAACUAGGUCCAAUCCUGAAGCUCUUUCUAUGCUUAUGCAUUCCUCCCGGCAUCAUUCUCUGGCUUGUGGUUAGCAUCGUAGGAAGUAUCCUCGGAGGAGCUUUGUAUGGCUUUCUUUCCCCAAUCUUCGCCACUUUCGAUGCUGUCGGCCAAGGGAAGUCUAAUCCGCUCUUCCAUUGCUUUUACGAUGGGACUUGGAGCACUGUUAAAGGCAGCUUCACUGUUGUCUGCGACUUUAGAGAUGUCUGCUUCCACUCCUACUUUUCCUUUAUGGAUGAUCUUAGAACCUCUAGCGCUGAUGAUCGUCACUACUAUGAAAUAAGGUUACUGCAGAUUCCAGGGGCUUUGAUAACUGCGGUUCUUGGAAUUCUUCUUGACUUCCCAAUGAUUUCACUCAUAGCAUUGUUUAAAAGCCCCUACAUGCUGUUUAAAGGGUGGCGCCGUUUGUUUCAUGAUCUCAUUGGACGUGAAGGUCCUUUCUUGGAGACCAUGUGUGUCCCUAUCGCUGGCCUUGUCAUCUUACUCUGGCCUUUAGGUGUUGUUGGAGCUGUUCUAGGAUCUGUGGUCUCUAGUGUCUUCCUUGGUGCUUACGCCGGUGUAGUCUCAUAUCAGGAAUCUUCCUUCUUCUUUGGCCUAUGCUAUGUUGUUGCUUCUGUUUCUAUUUACGAUGAGUAUAGCAAUGAUGUUCUUGACAUGCCUGAAGGUUCUUGCUUUCCCAGGCCAAAGUAUCGAAGAAAGGAAGAGGAAGGUGGUACUAAUGGUGGGCUUUCAAGACCAAACUCUUUCAAGACAACUCCUUCAAGAGGAGGAGGAUCAAACAGAGCCCCCAUGAUUGACCUUAAGCCACUUGAUCUUCUGGAAGCUCUCUUUGUGGAAUGUAGGCAGCACGGAGAGAUUCUAGUAACAAAAGGGAUUAUAAACUUAAAAGACAUAGAGGAAGCAAAGUCUAGCAAAGGCAGUCAAGUGAUCAGCAUUGGCUUACCCGCUUAUUCUCUUCUUCACGAGCUCUUACGCUCUAUCAAAUCCAACUCCACCGGCUUGUUACUUGGUGACGGUAGGACAGAGAUAACAACAAGGAACCGACCAAAAGACACCUUCUUCGAUUGGUUUCUGAAUCCUUUCCUGAUCCUUAAAGACCAGAUUGAAGCAGCCAAUCUAUCUGAGGAAGAAGAAGACUAUCUUGGGAAGUUGGUAUUGCUGUUUGGAGACUCAGAGAGACUCAAAAGCUCUGAAUCUCCUCCUUUGACCGAGAUAAGAAAAGCUGAACUUGACGCCUUUGCUCGCAGGCUUCAAGGAUUGACCAAAUCAGUAUCAAGAUAUCCAACGUUCAGAAGGCAUUUUGUGGAGCUAGUCAAGAAACUAUCAAAUGAUCUAGACAAGAAACAUAACCGGUCUGAAGGCGGCGGUUCAAGACCGGUUAAGAAAACCGUUUCUAGGAUUUUCAGCCAGAAAUCGUUCAAGAAAAAGACGAGUGACAAUAAUGGGUCUGAUCAAGAUUCACCAAACCGUGGCUUUAGAGACGUUGAUAUUGUGUAAUGUAAGUACUAAGUGAACAGAAAUUAGAUCGAAACGAAACGACAGUUGUUUCUUAGCUUCUGUAAUGAUACACACUUUAUACAGAUUCAGUGUAUAUGAAACUGUUUUCAAUGAUCUAACAAUUUGAUAUUACAAAUGUUGGCUUUUCUUGAUCA